CCUUUUUAGUUAAAAGUUAAGAAACAGUUUCUUAACUUCCGCUAAAAACCUCACUCUAAGAACCCCGGGUUAAUCAUGGUCUAAGUGAUCAUCCGGGAGGAACCAUACCGAAAGAACCUUUCUUUCGCUUAAACAAACGGUUUUAUUCCCUUUGUGGACCAACCUCCUACUUUCCAUAGUGGAAAUGUAGCUCUUUGGCUAGCUUUGUUAUCCAAAUUUCGGCGUUCCAGAGGUUUUAAAUCUUUGCAUUUGAUAGUUAUUACAAUUCAUUUCACAUAAAGUAUCUUAUAUAAUUAUUAAAUUGAACGCAUCUAUUUGUUUAAUUUAUCUGUAUAUGCUUUAAGCGUCUAGAGUAAUCAUAGCUUAAGUGUAAUCAUGUCGUUAUGAAUACUUUAUUGGUCUCUUUCUGAACUCCAUUAGGCAACUGUUUUCAGCAUCAUUCCCUUUAUAUAUAUAAUAGUCCCUCAGUCUUCUCAACUCUGUCCUUGUAAACUGCUCUCACUCUCUUGCAACAUGUCAGCUACAGAAACAAAACAGUGCAGUGCAAACACUAAACCAGUAACCUCUGGUAAGCAAUCCACAGCCAAGAGACCUUAUGGUAAGAAUCCGGGACGCACAACGAGCUGUGGCUUGACGCUGCCGAGGAAAACAGAAGUCACCGCAGCAAGACUGAUCAAGCAUCUCAGCUGUAAAUUCGUCAAAGGGUUACGUCUAGUUGUGAUGAGGAAGAAUAAGAAGAAGAGACCUCCACCGUUGAAGUCUUCUUCCACCGGUAGAUCUCAGCCUUCCGUCAUCUCAGUGGCUAAUGAUACAUGUAGAUCAGAGGCUAUAGAAGACUGCAUACAGUUCAUAAACUCCUCGACCUCGUUCACAAGAUCAAGUUCUGCCAGUGGCCGUACAUCUUAAGCUUUUAGUUACGCCCAUAUAAUUUCGAAGACUCUAUUUCUCAGUCGCUCGUUGGCUAAAACUGCAUGUAAUAUCCUAUAUAUACUAAAAUCUAUGCAGAGAGUAUAAGAGAGGACUAUGUAAGUGAUCUUGAGAAGCUUGGAAAGUAUGAACUUUGUUUAUGUACAAAAAAUAAUCAUCUGUAUAUCUUUAAUCUACACAAGUAUUAUUCAUGUGCGUUUGGCCUAAAUUGACAAGUAGAAAUUCCUUAAGAAUUUUCCGG